GCGUAGCGCAUGAGUGUUUGUCCUUUGCAGUGGCGCGAAGCCGCGGAAGGGGUUUCUUUGGGUUGCCGCGUUUCAGCAAGCCCUCCACUUCCACUCGGCAGUGGCCGGAGGCGGGAAGCGCCCUUAGCGAGGAAGUUCUUCCCUGCCCCAGCCGUUCCCUCGCGCUCUGCUUCUGCGGCCCCUUGCAGGGGUCACCUCCGUUCCCCGGGGAGGUUAUGAAGCUCACUAAAGCCCAGUACGAAGAGGUGGUUCAGUUCCUGGCUCAGGUACCGCCAACCAGGCAGAGCCUGAGGAAACUGAAGGAAAAAUUCCCCAGUCAAUCGCAGUCCACUCUGCUGAGCAUCUUCUCCCAGGAGUACCAGAAAUUAAUCAAAAGAACACAUGCAAAACAUCAUACUCCAGAGGCAACUGAAGCUUACUAUCAAAGAUACCUGAAAGGAGUGAUAAAAAGUGCAGCUUCUCCUGUAUUACUGGAACUGGCCAAUGAGGUGGAUUUUGCCCCAUCACUUAUGGCUCGAAUUGUGUUAGAAAGAUUUCUGCAAGAACAAGAUGGAUCAGUACCUUCAAAAACUCUUAUAAACAGUCUGCUUCGGGAUCCUUCUCAGAUUCCAGAUGGAGUACUAGCCAAUCAGGUCUAUCAGUGUAUUGUGAAUGACUAUUGUUAUGGACCGCUGGUGGACUGCAUCAAACAUGCAAUUGGAUAUGAACAUGAAGUCUUACUGCAAGAAAUGCUUCUGGAGAGAAAUAUAUCAUUUUUAGCUGAAGAUCUGUUGCGUGCAAAGGGUUAUGACAAAACACCAGACUUCAUAUUAGAAGUGCCAAUUGCUGUAGAAGGUCACAUCAUUCACUGGAUUGAAAGCAAAGCCUCCUUUGGCGAUGAAGGCAGCCAUCAAGCAUACUUAAAUGACCAGUUUUGGAGCUACUGGAACAGAUUUGGUCCCGGAUUAGUGAUCUAUUGGUAUGGAUUUAUCGAGGAACUAGACUGUCAUCGCAAUCGAGGUAUCUUACUCAAAGACUGCUUCCCUACCAACAUUGCUCUUCUUUGAGGCAGCAUGGAGGAUGGAAAAGGCAAAUCCGGAAGCAAUUUUACUUUCCUGAAGUAUAAACUACUGGCAACAUCUGUCCUGAACUUCAGGUGAACUCUUACUGCCUGGGAUCACCCUACCACCACUUUAGACAAACACGUCAAGAGUCUCUGUUUUACUUCAACCCCCCCUGCUGUUGCAGGCAGCCAAAAAAUACAGACACAGCCCAAACAUUAUCAGCAUUUCUGCCUCUGUCAAACAGUUUAUAGAUAGCUGUAAUCUUUCUUCCUUCCGGAUGGCUUCUCUUUGCACUUUGAACAAAAGAAGAAAUGUAGAGGUCAAAAGGUGUGGUUUUCAGUUUUCCUCCCUAUUGCAAAGUCACCUUAAAAACAGAACAUGUCUUCAGUCCCAAAAUCUUUUCCUGGUAAAUGUUAAAAAUCUUGCUAAUGCAGAUGUAAUUAAUGUCAUAUCUCCUUUUUCCCAGGCUCACUUUGUGCCAAAAGAGGGUAGAAAAGCAUGUCAACCAGCAGUGUAUUGUUCUAAGUCUGAACUUCCUGCCUUUUGAGGGGCAUACAGCCAGUCAGUUGACACUUUUACAAUAAUUUUAAUUACUAGUAUACAUGUUACCUAAUCUAGUGUUGUUAAAAUGAAAACUUAAAAUUGUAGAAAUGCUUUUAUCUUUAAAAAAAGCGUUGUGUAUCAGAUCUUGAAAUUAAAACUUUAGACAUGUUUAUGGAUUGUAUAAGACAUAAUAGACAUUUUAAUGCUGAUGUUUUAGAGCAAAAUAAAGUGGGUCAUAGUUUGA